AUGCCUAAUCGCAAAAAGUCUACCAGCACCGAGUCCAGUAGCGGCAGUUCUUCGGAUUCCAGCUCCAGUGGGUCGGAUUCAGGUAGUUCAGGUGGCUCCGAUUCUGGAAGUAGCAGUAGCGAGAGUGAUUCGUCCAGCUCGCAGGAACCGUCCCCCCGUUCUUCGAAUAGCAAUAAUGCAACAAUCAACCCUGCUGCUGGAGGAAAUGGAACUUUUUCAAAAACAAACGACAAAAUCGUGCGUCGGCGAAGUUCGGAAAUUGGCAGUGCUGCAAAUAAAGCAGGCGCCGGUAACAAACCGGAUGCGGCCAAAGAUAAACCGCUCGCCUUGAAGCAACAGAAACUUUCAAAAAGCUCUAUUUCAUCGAGCGAUGAUGAUGAUUCCGAGCCCACCACCAGCAAAGCUCAGACGAGUAGCAAAAAAGGCUCCAUGGUGGACACGGUAAAGAAGAAACCCGUCGCAGCCGUUCAGGGCAAAGAAAGGGCUCCCGGACCUGCACCAUCAUUGGGAGGUAAAGUCCCACCUUCCGUGAUCAAGCAGCAACAUCAGCAGCAUCAUCAAAAUCCUACUCCCGCUACGAAAGGUGCCGUAAAAGCAAGCACUGUGGUGAAAAGUCUGCACAAAGCGAACAACGGUACGGGCGCGGGGCCGAGCCUGAAGAAAACGGGCACCAGCGUAUCCCAAUCGACCCCCGCCACGAAGGCGAAAAAGAAAAGUAUUUUCUCACCGGUUAAUUCGUCAGAGUCGGAGCUCGAAAAAACGCCGGAAAAGCCAGAUCUGCAAGACAGGCGAACGUCAAGCUCUAGCUCAACCUGUGGGAAUGCUGCGUCGGCGGUAACGACGGAAAUCGGUUCAGAUUUGUCGGAUAAGAAACCCUCCGGACUAGGGAGCUCGGCAUCCAGUACGGCCGCUCAACGUGGCCGUGGUAGGCCCCGGAAAGCUUCACAGGUAAGCGCCAAUCUGGCGCAAAAACCCGUAGGGCAUGUAAAGCCACAAACAAGCGGAGUGGUUACAAACACCAAGACUGCCAGCCCAUCCGUUGCUCCAGCGCCCAAGACGAUCAAGUCCCCCAUUCGGGCUCUAUCUUCUGCGACGUCCAGCUCGAGCGACUCGUCCUCUAGUGGGACGUCGGAUUCGGAGACAGAAUCGUCCGAUGAUUCGUCGCCAUCGAUUAACGUUACGCAGCAGUUCAAAAAGGCCAACAACGUUAUGAACGUCAACCACCGGUUGUACGAAAAAACUCCUCAAAAGAGCGACACCAAGGAAGGCGCAGGUUCGGACUCAGAUCCGGAAACUGUGAAACAAACCCGUAAGCUUACGCGUUCCGCAAGCACAAGGAAAUCGAAACACCUUCUAGGUAAAAACGCCUCCGAAACCGACUCCGAUGCGGAUAGCGUAAAGCGUUCCGCCUCGAAAAGCCCGGUAAAGAAGCCUCCGAUCGUACCGUCGAAGGGUAAGGCGAAAAAUAACAUCGUCAACUCACUUUCCAAUAAACGGAUGAGCGAUAAGUCCGUCGUGAAAGAACCAUUCGUCGAGGAAGCACCGGUUGAGCGGCGAUGCCCGCUAGAUAAAUGUGAUUCUCUGGGUCACAUGGGAGGGCAGCUGGAGAAACAUUUCACCCUAGAGGCGUGCCCGAUGUAUCAUAACAUGACGAUUGAUCAAACGAAGCAGCUGUUGGUAGAACGCCGGCAGCGCGAAGAAGAACGCCGACGGUCGAUUCCGGUGUACGAGAAUUCGAAAAAGAUUCAAACACCCGAACAGAAAAUCUACGCUCAGAAAAUCCGCGACAUACGGGCACGUUUUAAACCGUGUCCGCCGGUACCAACACCGGCUGACACCUCGAAGUUGUUAGACAAUUCGGACGAGCACAAAAUCAAACCCGAACCCAAGCUGGAGGGUAUCGUGCCGGAUUACGACCUGCAGUUGUUCCGUGAGGCUCAGGCUUUAGCAAGCGAAAGCAUCGAAAAAGAACUGGGCGACAUGGUGACGGGAAAGGGCACCAAGUACAUCUCAAUGGGCCGACACUGCAUGCAAGUGUGGUACCAGUCCCCGUAUCCGGAUGACGCUACGCGGCUUCCGAAACUGUAUCUGUGCGAGUUUUGUUUGCGGUAUCAAAAGUCUGAGGUCGGGAUGAAACGACAUGCGGCCAAGUGUGUGUGGAGACAUCCACCGGGAGAUGAGAUAUACCGCAAAGGAAAACUCGGUGUGUGGCAGGUCGACGGGAAGAGGCACAAACAAUAUUGUCAGCAUCUCUGCUUGCUGGCGAAGUUUUUUCUCGAUCAUAAAACCCUGUACUACGAUGUGGAGCCGUUCCUGUUUUACGUGAUGACGCUUGCGGAUAGUGAUGGUUGCCAUACCGUAGGAUACUUCAGCAAGGAGAAAAACUCGUUCCUCAACUACAACGUAUCGUGCAUCCUUACCUUACCACCGUAUCAAAGGAAGGGUUAUGGUCGCCUGCUAAUCGACUUCAGCUAUCUAUUGACGCGAGUUGAAGGAAAAAUAGGAUCACCAGAAAAACCCCUCUCCGAUCUAGGAUUGAUUUCGUAUCGAUCGUACUGGAAGGAUGUGUUGCUGGCGUACUUGUGCUCGCGGCCAGGUACCACGCUCAGCAUAAAGGAUAUAUCGCAGGAAAUGGCUAUUAAUUCCUACGAUAUAGUCAGCACGCUGCAGGCGCUUGGUAUGAUGAAAUACUGGAAAGGCAAACACAUCAUUCUGAAAAAACAGGAUGUUCUAGAAGAGUACGAGGAGCGCGUCAAGCGUCGAGGCAACAUGCCGAAGAUCGAUCAGUCGUGCCUCAAAUGGACACCGUUUGUCGCUCCGACUCCGUCUACGCCAUCAUCCUAG